CUAAAGCCGUCGUUACCAGUACAGAAAAAUGUCCUAAUAAUAUUAUGCUAAUAUAUGGGCAGUUACUAGUUAGGUUAGUUAGUGUAGGUUAGUUAAUGUUAGCAUAAAUGCAUAAUAUUCAUUAUUCGUAUGUGUACAGUACUACAGUAUAGUUCUAUGAGCUCACGGUUCACGCAGAGUUCAAAUCUUAUAAUAUUAUCAUUGAGUGACUUUGUACUUAUUACCCACCUUCUUUUGAAUUCAUCAGUACACAGACAGUCGAAGUCAGAUUUUCGUAUUAUCAGUACAAUAAGAAAUAUUGUUUUAAAUUUAUCCAUUUGUACACUUUCGACAUGUUACCUGGAAAACUGGCUUUUGUGACCGGAGCCGGAGGAGGUAUCGGUAGAGCGAUUUGUCGUGUGAUGGCUAGAGAAGGUGCUACAGUAGUAGCGGCAGACUUGAACAUAAACAAUGUACAGACCACUGUUGAUGAGCUCACAGGCGAAGGUCACAAAAGUUAUCAAUUGGAUGUGUCCAAUGCUGAGUCCGUCACAAAUGUAUUAAAACAAGUGUUUACGGAUUAUUCUGCGCCGCCGACCGUAGUGGUCAAUGCCGCGGGAAUCACUAGAGACAAUUUCAUGUUAAAAAUGUCUGUACAAGAUUUUGAAAGUGUAUUUAAUGUUAAUGUUAAGGUAAUAGAGCAGUAUAAGGAAAUCAACGUUCUGAAUUCAAUAUUUUAUGUGUAUCUACCUAUAGAACUGGUGGAGAAGCACUUGCCUGGUUCCAUAGUAAAUAUUGGAAGUAUAGUUGCACAACGUGGUAACAUAGGACAAUCCAAUUACUCAGCUAGUAAGGCUGCCGUUGAAGUAUUCAGUAAAACAGUAGCAUUAGAAAUGGCAAAAUAUAACAUCAGAUGUAACACAGUGUUGCCUGGGUUUACAACUACUCCUAUGACUGACAUGAUACCUGAGAACAUUAGAGAACAUUUUAAGUCUGUCAUUCCCUUGAAGAGGUUUGCCAAUUCUGAAGAAAUAGCGGAAGUAGUAACGUUUUUGGCUUCUGAAAAGAGUUCAUACGUUACUGGUACGUCAAUUGCAGUUAGUGGCGGUUAUUAAUUAUAUUAUUAUUAUGUAGCUUUUUUACGGGAUAAAAUGUUGGUGAAAAAUCAUUUUUAAAUAUAAAAUAUUUGUCAUGUUAUUAAUUGUUGUAUGAGCAUACCAUAUCAAUGCUAAUAUUAUGAAUAGUCUUUAUUUUUUUCAUUAAAUAUUUUGAAUUUAAAAAAUAUAUAAUAAAUGUUUUAUUUGUAUUUAUUAUGUAUAUACAGAUGUUUUUUGAUUAUUCAUAUUUUUACCUUUUACCCAAUGACAAUUCAUACUAUUUCUUUCGUAUAUAUUUUGUAGUUAGUCAACAAAAAUUCCCAUUUAAUAUUAAAAUGUAUAUAUUCUUUAAAUAUAAUAAUUCUGUUUCUAACUUUAA